AGUGAGUAUAGAUAUUUUGAGUUAAAAAAUUCUCACACACAAAAAAAAAAAAAAACAGAAAAUUAAAUGUAUAGUUAUUGAUUGUCUCGAACCAAAACCAAAUCAAAUCAAAUCAAAUCAAAAUCAAAUCACUAUCAUCGCAUACUCCUCAUGUUUAAAAAUCAGUCUCCUUACAUCAAAUCCCCUCUCAUUUCAACCCCUCACUACAAAAUCACCGUCGCCACCACCAACCCUCCGCCGCUCCUCAAAUCCGCUUCCCGGAAUGAAGCUCUUCUUCCCAACCCCAAUCCCACGGCCACCUCCCGUUCACCCACGUUCGCUCCUGCUCAUCUCAUGCUAACUAUCGGGUCGUGGCUACGCACGCGCCGCAGCCGCUGUUUUCUGCUCUUGCUCUGCUCCCCUCUUCUCCUCCCUUUCCUCUGCGCAACUUUCCCUCUCCUUUGCAUAGCCGAAGUCUGCUUCCGGAUUUGUCGACGAAGAAGGAGCGGAAAGGCGGCACAGGAAGAAGAGGAGGAGGAGGAGCGGCGGCUGCGGCGAUGUGAAGAGGGUUGUUGUUGCGGUGGAGAAGAGAGGGAAGUUGGGCUGCUACGGAGGUACUUGGAAGAUCAGCUGGCGCUCGUUGGAUCUGUUUACGAAUGUGGUGAUUACUUUGAUGAUCAUGAUGGGGAUCGUGAUCCCGAUGAUCUUAAUUGUAAAGUUCCUCUUCUGAGCUGAUUGCUUCUUCUUUUAAUUUUUUUUCCCUAAAUUUUGUGUAAAUUAAACUAUUAAUGGUAAUUUGACAUUUUCACCUUUUUCUUUACUA